AUGACGGGGAGCUACCACAUUCACCACAUCAGAUUCACUGCAACCGUAACUAUAAUAUCAAUUGGACCUUUUAUUUGCGGUAUCUCUCUCGGUUUCUCAUCCUCAGUCUCUGCGCAACUACUCAUUGGCGACAACCUGAUUGCCUUCUUCUCCAGUUUAAUUAACCUGGGGGCGUUAGUUGGCAGCCUUAUCGUGGGCCCGGUUCUCAACACCCUGGGUCGACGUGCAGCGCUUCGCAUAUCUGCCGCGCCCUCCAUCAUCGGUUGGCUGUUGAUUGCUGCCGCACAGGGUCUCUCACCUCCCUCCACCAAGGUGGAGCCACUUCUCGUCUCCUCCCUCCUCCUCGGCCGCAUCCUCUCCGGUCUCGCCGCUGGCAUGAUGACCGCCGUGGGCUCCGUCUACCUCGUGGAGGUCGCGCCACCGCACCAAUCGGGCCGAAUCGGCUCCCUUGCUCAGGUCGCCACGGUGGCGGGCACCUGUUUCGCCUACUACUGCGGUAUGGUUGCUACGUGGUACGAGACUGCGGAACUCAUGGUCCUCAUCUCGGUGGUGCUUUCCGGGGCUACUUUCUAUCUGCCCGAGUCGCCGGCUUGGUUGGCAAAACGCAACCAGAUGCAAGCGGCUUUGAGGAACCUCACUUGGCUUCGAUUGGAUCAAAAGGUGGCGGUACAAGAACUGUCCGAACUUCCCUCAGAUAGCAGUGCCGACGCUGAGAAGCCUCCAUUCUUACCCCAGCGCCAGCACGUGUUCAGAGACAGUGCUGGCGAUAGCAGUUCCACCUCUUGGCUGGUUCGCCUCCUGCUGCCUUGCGUCACCAUCCCACCAGAGUUGAGUGCCAAUCUGCGAAUUGCGCUGCUGCUGAUGGUGGCACAGCAGACUACAGGCAUCAAUGUGAUCACUUUCUACACUGAACCCUUGUGUCAACGUAUGGUCCACGUCACUCACUCGGCGCGCUGUGCCUUCACCCUCGGACUGGCCCAACUCUUCUUCUCCCUCCUCGCCUCCUUCCUCAUCAUCAAUCGCCUGCCCCGACGCCUCCUGGUAGUUGCCACGGGCGUUCUCAUGUCUAUCUCCAUGUUCUUCUUCGCCAUCGGCCAGCAAUUCCCGAAUUCGGCUCCAAUUUCGCCACUGGCCGCGAUACUGGUUUUUCUGCUGGGCUACCAGUGCGGUUGGGGUCCCCUAGCAACGCUGAUCGUCCUAGAACUCUUCCCCGCUGAUUAUCGAGGUGCAGCGUGCUCGGCUGCAGUGGCAAUCAACUGGGGUGUGACCUUUUUGGUGACUCAGGCGUUCCAGCCCAUCGUGAAUCUUCUCGACAGACAGGGCGAAUUGGUGGUCUUUGUGACGCACGCCGUGAUUACCUCCCUCGCUUCUGCCUAUUUCCACAGACGACUGCCUGAGACGAAUCCGAUCUUUGUCUCUACCUCCAGUGCAGGAGCUGCUGGUGCUUUACUCAUGCCUUUGUCUCGCGCUUGA